AUGGUUGACAACAUCUGGGCUGUGCCGCUGGCGCUGUCCAACUUUAACAUUGUGGUCGCUGUUUUGGGGGGCUUCAUAUCGCUGUUUGGGCUGGUGUCGUACCUCUUGAAGGAGAAUUACUACCUAUCUGAAGCUCUCAUAUCUCUCCUCAUUGGCGUUGCCCUCGGCCCUCAUGGCGCCGACUUCAUUCGGCCAGAUGCCUAUGCUGGAUGCAGCACGUCUACCAUCAGCAAGGCCGAAUGUAUUGACCAGCGGCUGGGAACCAUCACGCUCAAUUUCUCUCGACUUGUUCUGGGUGUCCAGCUGGUAAUUGCGGGCGUGCAACUGCCCAGCAAGUAUCUCUGGAAGGAGCGCAAGUCUCUCAUGCUGCUGCUCGGCCCUGGGAUGACCUUGAUGUGGCUCACUACGAGCUUUCUUGUCUGGGCCCUUGCUGGGAUGCCAAACUUUUUGCAUGCCCUGGCCGUGGGCGCCUGUGUCACGCCUACGGACCCUGUGCUGUCUGCGGUUAUUGUCAAGGGGAAGUUUGCUGAUAACAACAUCCCCAAGGAACUACAGAACCUUAUCGUUGCUGAGUCUGGUGCGAAUGACGGGUUAGGCUACCCCUUUCUCUUUUUUUCCUUGUAUCUGAUCAAGUUUGUCGGCUCUGGUGCUACUUUUGGUGGAGCCGGAGAGGCCAUGGGGCUCUGGUUCGCGUAUACUUGGGCUUAUACCAUCAUCUUGAGCGUCAUCUACGGCGCUGUUGUGGGAUUGGUGGCCAAAGAGCUGCUCCGUUGGGCUGUGAAACGCAACUACGUCGAUCGGGAGAGCUUUUUGGUCUCUGCCGUAUCCUUGGCAUUGUUCGUUCUCGGCACAUGCGGGCUAAUCGGCACAGACGACGUUCUGGCCUGCUUCAUUGCCGGAAAUGCUUUCACUUGGGAUGAUUGGUUCCGCCUUGAAACGCUGGAUGACUCGCUGCAGCCUACGGUUGACAUGCUUCUAAACGUCUCCAUCUUUCUCUGGUACGGAGCAUACUUGCCGUGGACUGAAUUCCGCCAUAACACACUCAUCCCUAUAUACAAGCUAGUGCCGCUUGGUAUCCUUGUGAUGCUCGUGAGGCGGCUGCCCUGGAUCUAUGGCCUGCACAAAUGGAUCCACCAAAUCACAGAGAGGCACCAGGCUCUCUUUGUUGGAUUCUUUGGCCCCAUCGGCGUAUCGGCGGUGUUCUAUCUAUUCAUUACUUUAGAGUUCAUCGAAAAGUUCUUGAGUGAUGAAGAGGGCAACCCGAGAAGCGACGUCAAGGAUUUAGGCGAAAUGGUGAGAAUUGUGGUUUGGUUCCUCACUGUUUGCAGCGUGGUCGUCCAUGGAUUGAGCAUUCCCCUUGGUAAAAUAGGGUAUCUCAUGCCUCGGACAAUCUCUCGAGUGUUGAGUGAGAACGUCAGCAACAGUGGUGGCAACUCGCGCAUAGGUUCACGGAUAGGUUCACGCAUAUCUUCCGUGUCUAAGUGGUUAUCUAGUAAAAAGGGAGACGGCGAAACUACUGUCGAUGCCGCCGCCGGCGGACAUCCUCUGAGCAGCGCAACUGUUUCUGGGCCCUCUAAGCCUCAUCCCAUGCUCCAUACCGUACCUCCUAGGCCCAGCGCCAGUGGCGAGGAUGAUUCCUCGCAAGAGGACGCAAUGCCGGCCCGCAGACGUGAAAUCCGGUUUUAUGACGAGCCGGAACCAAGGCUGGUAGAGUUCGUGGCUUCAUCAUCAUCUGAAGGUCCACAACAUAGCGCGCCGCCGUCCGGUGACAAACUUCCUGAGUCUAAGUCGGCAGAGAAUUAA